UGGAGAUUAUUGCAUUAGUUGGUCAAUGAAACUAGAAUCUUCUCUGGGUAAUGAACUAACAGACAGUGUGUGCCAGUUCUGGAAGAGGAUUGAUAGGCCGGCAGAAAAUAUGCCCUGGUUCCAAAUCAUUCCGCAUAAAAGACAGGGUUACAUGCCUCCACAAACAACAAGAGAGAUUAAUAGAGAGAUGGAAUUUCUGGGCGGGAGCAUGACUUCGCCAUCUAAUUUUGUUAAGCACUGGGAAACAACAGCUUCUGUUGAAUUCCAACAAGACAAGUCUCUGUUGCUAAUUGAAGAUUCAACAAUGAAAAUUGAAAUCAGUAUAUCACCUGAUUUCUUGCACGAUUAUGUUAUAGUACACUUACAACGUAGUUUCGUGGCCUUUUACUUCAAUGUGAAAUAUAGUCCAAAAUUAUUCUUCUCUGCUAGGCACCCGUUCAUGUUUUGUAAUCUAACAGAAACAAGACUAUCAGCCAGUGACCUUCCAUUUCAAAAAUUUGGCUGGUUGAGCUGUUUUUGUCUAAAGCUAAAAAAAGAAAACCCAUUGAUACCCAGGAUACUUUGGUAUAUUCAGUAUGUAGGUCUAUUUGUUGCGUACACUGAUAUGACAAUUGAAGAUUCUCAGCAAAUGAUAGAGGUUACUUUUUCUAGUUACGAAACAGCUUAUGCAUGGGAAUCUCUUUGCUCACAGGGUUUUAAAGUUGUAGACCAUUUGACACAAGCUGUUGUAAAGGAAAUCACCAGUCUCCAAAUCACUGCAGAAGUGUUUCACAUAAUGGUUGACCUAGUUGCAGAAAAGCCAUUCUUUCAUUUCUUUGGAGAUUUGUUGGAAGCAAUGGAAAUGACAAAAUAUACUAAAAAUGAAAAUAAGAAUGACAUACCUGGUAAUUUAACUUUGGUUAGACGCGCCUUGCUCACUCCAACGAAACGUGUUUUCCUGCCAAAGGAAUUAUUGAGUCAAAAUAGAAUUUUACGCCAGUAUAACGAAGACUAUUUUAUCCGGCUUGUUUAUCGUGAUGAGGAUUAUCAAAAACUCAAUGAGACUCAGUCUGGAACUUUAAACAACGUAUUGGCGGACAUGAAGCGAACUUUUAUUGACGGAUUUAUACAAAGUCGCCGUUAUGAAUAUUUGGGAUGUUCCAACAGUCAGCUUCGAGAACACAGCUUUUGGUUCUUCAGCUCGUAUGAUGGAAUUACGGCAGACAGCAUCAGACAACGAGCUGGAGAUCUAUCGAAAGAGAGAUGUGUUGCCUCGUAUGUGUCUCGCUUUGGACUCUGUUUUUCAGCGUCUCAACAUACGUUGAACGUUGGGAUAGAUCAAGGAGAGUUACACUAUGAAGCAGAUAUAAAAAGAAAUGGGUAUUGCUUCACCGACGGUAUUGGAAAGAUAUCACGGAACCUUGCUUUAAAGGUUGCGAAGAAAAUGAAUAUGAAAUACAUACCGUCUGCUUUCCAAAUUCGUUAUGGUGGUUGUAAAGGCGUUGUUGCAUUAGAUCCGUCUCUUGGAGAGAUUAAUGUACUCGUUAUAAGAGAGAGCAUGAGAAAAUUUCAAAGUGGAUCGACAAGUCUAGAGGUGUUACAGGUUACUCGUCCAGUGCCACUUCAUCUUAACCGACAAGUUAUAACACUGCUAUCAGGACUUGGAAUUCAAGAUGAAAUCUUCUUAGAUCUUCAAGAAUCGAUGCUGAUGGAUUUAUCCGAUAUGUUACUCUACAACGAUAAAGCACUGAAAGGUUUACAACAGUUGGCGUUGGACAUAAAUUUCCAAGAACUCUUCGACAAGGGGAUAAACUUUGUUCGAGAACCAUUCUUUAGAUCAAUGCUUUUAAGAAUAUUCCAGCAGAAACUGUAUGAUUUGAAAAGGAGAUCGAGGAUUCAGAUACCUUCAGACAAAGGUCGGUACAUGAUGGGCACAUCAGAUGAAACACAGUCACUAAAGUAUGGUCAAGUUUUUAUUCAAUACUCGAAAGAACUUAAUCAUCCUCAAAGAAAUGUAAAACUUAUUCUGGGUAAAGUAGUGGUCACAAAAAAUCCUUGCUUCCAUCCCGGAGAUAUCCGGAUAUUUGAAGCAGUGUGUAUUCCUCAUCUGAGCCAUAUGGUAGACUGCAUUGUUUUCCCUCAGCUUGGGUCGAGACCUCAUCCUGACGAAAUGUCAGGAUCCGACCUUGAUGGUGACGAGUACUUCGUAUGCUGGGACGAGCGGCUUUACGCAUUUGAGAAUGUAGAUCCAAUGGACUUUCCUAAAGCAGAAAAGACUUAUUUGGAGAGAGAUGUUGAGUUGUCAGACAUUGCUGAAUUUCUGGCAAAUUACAUAAAGAAUGAUAAUCUGGGAAUAAUAGCUAAUGCUCAUCUUGCUUUGGCAGACAGUGAACCGGAAGGAAUAUUUUCCGUUCAUUGUCUUGAGUUAGCUGAAAUGCACUCCGAAGCUGUUGAUUUUCCAAAAACUAGGAAAUGUCCACAUGCGCGGAACGAAAUCCGUCCAAAAAAAUAUCCAGAUUUUAUGGGGAAAAAAGAUAAAAUUCAGUAUUUUUCUUUUAAAGUUCUUGGAAAACUUUUCCUUCAAUGUCAAUCAUUUCUCCAUAACAUUGAUAUAGAAGAAAGACCCGAUUUGCUUAUUGAUGAUGAAUUAGUUUCCUUUUUAACGGACGAAGAACUCAAGGAUGCUAUUUUACAAAGAACAACUUACAAUGAAAACUUACAGGGAAUAAUGAAUAUGUAUGGAAUAGAAAAUGAAGUAGAAGCAGUCAGUGGUUCCCUAAAAGCGCUGAAACGUAAAAGAGGUUGCUUAAAAGACGAAGAAUUUCAGACUGGAAAAAUAGUUCGGGAGAAAGUCUCAUCAUUAAUGCAAAGAACAAGAAAAAUAUUCUUCGAAAAAUUUGGUGGUGAGCAAAACAAAACUACUCCAGAAUUCGAUAAGGCUAUGCGUAUUAAGGCUUCUGCUUGGUACACAGUAACUUACACUUUGCCAAACCCUACAUUUCUAAGUUUUCCUUGGGUUGUCGCCGAUAUUUUGUGCAAGAUGAAGAAAAGACAGGGACAAAUUGCCGCUAUUGAAGAAGUUGAUUUAUCCCUUGAGCGUCGUUGGAACCUUAAAGAGGAAGAGCACAAAAUGGCCUCUUAUUGGAUGGAGAGUUUAAGAAACAAAGUUAUACAAAAGUUUCACAAAUCCAUUUACUUCGAAUGGAUUGAUUUAUUUAAGAAUGGCAUUGUUAUACCUGAAGACUGCAAUGUAGUUUUGGGAUUCCAAAGUGGGGACUAUGAAAAAGUUGUUUUAACAAUGCAAGCUCUUUCUUCUAGUACAAGCAAUGAUCCAUUUGAAAAUGAUCUUAUUUACAAAAUCAAGCUGGGAGGGGGUAGGAUAGGAAAUGUUAGACUGACAGCUGACGAAAGGAUUAUCAAAUUGAGCAGAUCUCUCGGUUGCUUUCUUAAACAGAACGAAAGUAUAAUAAGACACGUAGCCCAAUUUUUGUACGAUUAUUUUAUGCACCAAAUUUUACCGAAAAUUACCCCUGAUGUCAUAAAAGACCUUCUACCAAUUAUGCUUCUAAAGGAAUCCCUUUUAAGGAUGAAAAGACUGAAUACUUCCUCUGAGGCACACAUUCUUUUGAAUUGCUUGAGAAAUGUAAGGGGGUACAUACAGAACAUCUCCAAUUGUAAGGACUUGCCUGAAGGUUCUUUAAAUUGGCUGAUAAGAAACUCAGAAGAAAUAGUUAUCCAUUGCCUGGUUGAAUACAUGAUGAUAGCUCGUUGUUUAUCCGUGGAAUAUUUAAAUGAAGAUGAGACAUUUGAGUUUGAGGUAUGGGAAACUUUCAAAUUCUCAGCUGAGUCAUUAAACAUAAUGCAUUAUGCCGCUGCUUAUGCAAAAUACAAAUUGUCCGAAAUUACUGGUGCAGAUAUGUUUUUCCAUCAAGUAGAGGUUGGAAAAACUAAAGCAGUACAAAUUGAUGCACAUGGAACAAGAGUUCAACUUUUGCGAUUUCGAAAGGCCCUUUAUGAUUUUUUGAAAAAAUCUGAAAGCAUUACCACUGGCGAACGUGGACAAACUACAGUGGAAGAGACGUUUUCAGUAUCAUUCGAAGGUUGUUCGAAUCGUGAUGAGCAGUUAACUUUUGAAAGGUGGAGUGGGCCCUGCCAGAACCAACACAAUAGUGAAAUUCGCUAUCUCCCUUGCCUUGUUCAUGGAUCAGAAUCACCUGCAUGUAUUGAUUUUGUAAGCACUUUUUCCAGGCAAUGGGAAAAAAUCAAGGAUGAAUAUAUCCCAAUUUUCCAUGGAAAUUUAUCAAUAGUGCUCUCAUUUGGUAAUUUUUAUGUUAUGAACGUAGAUAAACAAAUGAUGACAAUAUCAGAAUUGAACGGAUAUUUACAAAGUUAUGAAAAAAGACGGUCAGAACUUUUAUCAAGAAGACAGAGAGGGGGUUUCAUCCGUAUUCCUUAUUCAUUUGCUUUUCUACCGAUAAGUGGACACUACAACAACUUAAGUGAGUGUCUUAAUCUAAACUUUGAGAAGAUUAAUUCACAAAAAGAGGUGAAAGUCAGACUUGCAAACGAGGGAAUGUGUGACCUAGACGAGCAUAUGAAUUGCAUAAGAUAUAGUGCUCCUCAAAUAAAGUGGUUGGUGCAUCAAAUUGUUCUCACGCCCAAACGAAGGACAUGUAAUGGAAAUCAAAUAAGUGUAAGGUGCAAAAUACAGUCAUAUAGAUCGUUGGACAGGAAAGCCAUCGAAUCAAUGAAAGGACUCCAAGGGCUUCUUGACAUUGGAAAACACGUUGUGAAGACUAAUGAAGGUUGACUAACCUCAGAUGACAUUAAAUUCAUAAGAGAAAAAGAAACAGAUAUUUAUGAAAACAGGCACCUAAACAUUCAUGAGGGAGUAUGGCGUUCAAUGCGUGUUGAGGUGUCAAAAGUCAAGGAAUAUCAAGUUAGAUUCCGUCAAUGUACCAAACUUUCAGAAAAAACAGAGUUGGCGAUUAUUCCGGGUAUGCUUGAUAUAAAUUCCUCUGACGAAGAAGUGAAACAUUACUCAAAGCAAUUGUGGGAUAUUGCACUUUAUUUUGGAAAACAACUUAAUUGUUAGAAGACAUUGUACAUGUAUGUGGACACAAUUUUUAUAAUUAUAAUAUAAACUUUAAAAACUGCACAUUUCUGCUUCAUUUCAUGAGCAAGGUUGUUUUUGAUGUGUUGUUAAAUGUCACAUAACAAAUAUUCACACAAAGAGCAUGAACAUUGUAUCUUGUGAUAAUUAUGUAACAGUUCUUAAAGUUGCCCAGUCAGUAAAUAUGUGUCCUUUAAGGUUUUCAAUGUAUAAUGACCAUAUUUUGUACCAGAUAAAUGAAUGGGCCGAAAUGAUUAAUCAUGGUAGCAUUUUUAAGGUGUGAUGAAAUAAAA